AUGGACUGUAACUGCGUCAGUGACCUGCUGAUCCCCCCGGUGCCCGCUCUUUGGACGCCAGGGAUCGCCUUUCCAGACUGGGCCUACAAGCCGGAGUCGAGCCCCGGGUCCCGACAGAUCCAGCUGUGGCACUUCAUCCUGGAGCUGCUGCAGAAGGAGGAGUACAAUGGGAUCAUUUCCUGGCAGGGGGAAUACGGGGAGUUUGUCAUCAAGGAUCCCGAUGAAGUGGCCCGGAUGUGGGGGGCCAGGAAGUGUAAACCCCACAUGAACUAUGACAAGCUGAGCAGGGCUCUGAGGUAUUACUACAACAAGCGCAUUUUGCACAAAACCAAAGGGAAGCGCUUCACCUACAAAUUCAACUUCAGUAAGGUGGUGUUGGUCAACUACCCCAUCCUGGACAUGGCCAACUCUCCCUUCUUUCUGGCACAGAACCACUUCAACGGGAGCACCAGCACUCCAGACUGCAGCCCAGAGGCCAUACAGUCCCUGUUUCCUCGUCUGCCAGACUCGGGCAGGGGGACGUCCCUGUUUGAUCGGACCACCGCAGCACCGGGGCCCGAAGGAGACAAACUGAGGCUGGAUUCAUUCCCCUUCCUCAGUACAGGUGCUCCGUGCUACACCAAGCCCCCGUCCCUGCUGGGCCCCUAUGCUCGCAACCCACCCUUCGACUACCCCUGGGGCUUCAACCCUUACCUCCCAGGGGCCUUCUCCCUCAACAACUGCCCCAAACUGCCCCCUGGCUCCCUCUACCCCUCCCAGUUUUACCCCAACCCUUUGCAGAGCAGCCUCUCCCAGCUGCCUCACCCUUUCUCCUCCCUGCUCCCCACGGCAGAGGCAGGUGAGAGGGGGACAACCGGGGGGACGAACGGCACGGCGGGUGGUCAGCCGAUCAGACUCUGCCUCCCUCCGUACCCCGGGAGCCUGUCUCUGGGUCGCAUGGACAUUGGGGCGUCGUUGUUGGCGGAGAGGGAGAGGGAGAGGGAGAGGGAGAGGGAGAGGGCGGAGGCCAAUCCUCCGGGCACAGGGGGGGUGAGUCUGGGCCUGGGAGCCGGCCUGCAGAGCCCCUCGGAGAGGAGAGGGGGGCUGAAGCAGGACCCCGAGUCAGACUCAGACCUGGAGAUCACUGACCUGAGCGACUGCAGCUCGGACAACGACAACGACCACGACUUCAGGAAGGGACCCAGCCUGACGAGCCGAUCACAGAUAGUGCUGGACGGGAAGAAAGGGAGCGUGCUGCCACCCGUCUCCUCUCUCCCCCCCACAGUGUCCCCGCAUCCUCUGAAGAGCCUGAAGCCCGUCUCCCCCCGGCCCCCCUCCCGUCCUCUGUCGCUCUCCCCCCCCCUGCCUCCGCAUGAAAAACACAGGGAGACAGAGACUCUCAAAAUGAUCCACAGCUAA